AUCAGUCCUGUCCUCCUUCCUCCGAUUUCGCAUUCACAAGAUAUCACAAGCCAAAUUUCCCAUUAUUUCAAGCUUGGCGCUCACCCUUGGCUGGUCCUCUGUGUGCAAUGGCGGAAGCCGUCAAGCUUGAGAUAAAAAAGAUCAAAACCCUAAUACUGUCUGAUAAAUCUCUCGCUUACUCAUCCCUUUUGCUACUUCAGCGGAACUCUGCCGAAGAUACCUCGUCCAUGGAAAUCCUCUCACUCUACUCCCCUCCUCUAUUACCCGCCCUCCUUUCUGACAUUUAUCACCAAGAAGAGGAGAUUGCGGCUCAAGCUCUGAAAUGCUUGGGUUUCAUGUUGUACCAUCCAUCGCUAGUAUCCUCCAUUUCAGAAGGGGCCUCUCGAUCUGCUCUGGAUUCAUUGGCGAGGUUAAUUGUGACAACGAAAAUGAAGGCCAUCUGUAACUUGGGAGUUUGGUGUGUUUCGGUUCAGCAAUUAGAUACCUUCAUAAUUGAACUCUGUAUUGAUAGCGUCCUGGGAGCUGUUGAGUAUGCCAUUGACAACCCAUUUGGCUCCUUGUCAACAACAUUUGAGGCAAUUCAGGCUCUGAUGAAAAUAGCUACUCAACUCCCUAAUAAAUUAAGGGAGAUUGCAAACUUGUGGCUUCCACCUAUAUAUAGAAGACUUGUAAGCUAUGAUAAGAAGGAAAGAGAUAUAACAGAAAGAUGCCUUAUGAAGAUGAAGUCAAUCAUAUGUCCUCCUCCACCAGCUCUUUCGAAGGCAUUAGCCCAUGAUCUGAAGAGUAAUUUACUAGCAAGGAUUAUGGACGUGCAAUACAAUAGUCAUAUGAAGGCGUGCAUCAUCCAGGCUUGGGGAUGGUACGUGUGCUUACUUGGUCCGAGCUUACUAAAUAAUAGACAACUUCUCAAUCGGAUGCUGAAAAUCCCUGAGCAGACAUUUACUGAUGUGGAUCCACAAGUUCAGAUUGCAUCGCUGGUUGCUUGGGAGCGUCUGAUCGAUGCAUUCCUGUCCUCUGAAAUGCAUCCAGUUCAGGAAGCAGUUAAUCACGAAACGAUUCCUGACUGUAGCAGAAUUUCAAAAAGAGGUAAUGAUGAACUUGAUAAAGACUUGCUGAGAAGAUUAAAGGUCCUAAUGGUGCCCCUGCAAGGCAUUAUAUCAAAUGAAUUUGGCAUUUCAGUUCACAUGUCAUGUCUUAACACAUGGCACUAUCUCCUGCAUAAGCUUGACCUUUUAAUUAAUCAUCCUUUAGUUUUACAGAUUUCUUUCAGACCUAUCACUGAAGUGAUAUUUUCAAAGAAGCCUUGUAAUGAAAAUAUUUGUUUGUGGAAACCAUGCCUUGAUUUGUUUGAUCAAUAUAUCUCUGGAAUAACCAACUCCAAGGGGAUGGAUUUAGUUCCUGCAGGGUGCCCUUGCGGUUUUAUGAAUGAAAAUGGCAUUCCCGUAUCUUCUUUCGCUAGUAGAUUUACAUGGAUCAAUUCCAUUAAAUGGUUGCCAUUGAAGUUUAGCGAUUUAGAUUUUCCUCUAAUGAUAAUUAGAACUAUUAUUAAUCACAGUCUGACAACACAAAUAGACCCUGAAAUCAGAACAUUUGCUCUCAGCUCUGCCCUGAGAAUCUUCAAAUCUGUCAUACAAGGGGUUAAAGCAGAAACUAAAUGGUCUAAUAUUCCUUGUGAUGUCAUCCAGUUAUGCUUAAACACUAUUAUAAAGUUCCUUAAAGAACUUUGUGAGGACAUAUCUUCAAGAAAUGAUUGGAAUCACUCUCAUGAUUUGCUAUGGAUGGCUUUUCAGUCUGUAAUAGUUGUCAGAGAAGAAAUGGGUUUUUUGCUAGCAUCUCCUCUUUAUCAGUUUACCUUAGACCUCAUGUACAUCAAAGAUGGGAAAUCAUCUGAAGUUACUUGCUGUCCUUUUGUUCAGGCUAUGAGUGAAGGUUUAAUGGGUUAUAUGGACGUGGUAUCUCCAAUGAUCUAUACUGAGUUUUUGCUUUUGUGUGUGCUGGCUCAAUUUAUUCUACAUCUCUCAGAGAUGGAUGGUAUUCCAAUUGCAAUUCAGCAGAAGUUUCUUUUCUCUUUGAAUCCUUCAGUCAAUUUACUUGCUGCAGUUUGUUUCCUCUAUGUUCACCUAAGCAAACCACUCAAUGCAAAGAUGAGCUCUUUGGUGAUGUGGAGAAUCAUUGCAAAGAGCCUAAUGAAGAACACAGACGGGGUUUUUGAUAUUUCGGUCUUGAGAGUAGACGGACCUGACACUUUAUACACUGUUCUUUAUUGUUUCAUUUGCUACCCCUUUGUACUUUUUUGUACUAAAAGUAUGGAUGGUGAUUGCUCAAGUUUAUGUUUGAUCUCUUCACAAAGAGGUCUUCUCCUGGAAGCCCUGGUAGAAGUGUGGAAUAACCUUUUUGAUCAUUUAAACCAUGAAUCAAAUGCAUGUAUUCAGUCCUCCGAGAAUGAUUUCUCAAAUGGUCUAUGUGAACUAUUAAUCAAGGUGCUUGAUGAAAACAAAAACUUGCAGCACAACUCAUCAGACAAUUCUCAAAACAUUGAUUUUUUCUUAAUUUUUUCUGAAAUGCUAAUUUGCAUUUUGGUUCAUAUUAAGCCGUUGGAUAGUGAAAGUUUAAGAGUGGCAUUAGGUGGAACAGAAAAGCACUUCAGCCCCAUUAGAAAUGUUUUUAUUCUCUUUGGCAGAUUCUUGGGAAUAUCACUAAUGAUAUUGAAAAUAAACCAGCAAUGUGGGGUUGCGAUGAUUGACAGGGUUUUUGAUGCUGUAAUUAGAUUAGUUGGCAAUGUUUGCUUGAAGCAAGAUAUUCUUAUGGUCUUAGAGGUCUGUACUAGAUUUUGCCUCAUUGAAUGCAUCAUGAUCAUCUUCAUUUCAACUGCAUGUGAUUCUAAUAAUUGAUAU